AUGUACCCGACGCCAGGUCCGAUCCUCCAGCUUCAUCACACGCCGCAGCACCACCACCAGCGGUCUUCAUCCGGAAGUGCCACCAACAGUUCUUUCCUCGUGGACAACUUGCUGUCGCGCAGUGACGGUACGUCCCCGGCUUCUGCGGGCGGCAACCACGCCGCCGUGCUGCAAGAGUGCUGCGGCGCCCUCGUGUCUAGCUCCGGCAUGACGCCCCGCGACGAGGACGAGGUGCGGACGACGCCUCCGCUCAAGUUCGGCGUGACGGCGAUUCUGGCCGAUCAUCACGGAUCGGCGGCGGCGAUGGCCAAGGACAGGGAGAGGAUCUUCGGUGGUGCGAGGACUGCGGCCGCCGCGUCUCUGCUGGCUGCGGCUGCGGCGACGGGAGGCAAGCCCGACCUACGCGACCUGUUCGAGCAGCUGCGGUCGAGCCCCGGGUUCCUGCCCCGGUGCUUCGUCACCGAGAGGCCCAAGUACUCCCCGUGCAAGGACGACAAGCUCACCAGCGGAAUGCCCUGCUCGCCAGUGACGUGCAGUGCAGCGGCGGUGCAGCUUGCCGCCUCAUACCCGGUGGUGGCCAAGCCCAUCCCUCGAGGCUUCUUCGACUCCCCUCUGCAGUCGCUGGUCGCCUGCCGGUCCUCCUACCUCGCCGGUGAGUGCGCUCUCUUCCUUUCAGGUUUGGGGCCGGGUCUGAGCGGCGGUGAGCAGUUCGGCCUCGGUCCCGGCCGGAGCCAGCUCCACGGCAGCGCUGGAGGACCCGGAGGCGCCACGGGUCCCUUAGGGUUCCCGCUGCCGGCCACCUUCCCGUGGGCGGCAACGGCCAGGGGCAAGCCCCGGCGCGGCAUGAUGCGCAGGGCAGUCUUCUCGGACGCCCAGCGGCAGGGUCUCGAGAAGCGCUUCCAAAUUCAGAAGUACAUCAGCAAGCCGGACAGGAAAAAGCUCGCCGAGAAGCUCGGACUCAAGGACUCGCAGGUGAAGAUCUGGUUCCAGAACCGGCGGAUGAAGUGGCGCAACUCCAAGGAGCGCGAGCUGCUCUCCAGCGGUGGCUCCAGGGAGCAGACGCUGCCGACCAAGAGCAACCCCAACCCGGACCUCAGCGACGUGUCGUCGCCGUCCCUGCACCCGUCCUCGACGACGGGAAACGGAGCGUCGUCGCAGGGCCCUACGUCGCCGCACCAGGCGCCCACGGCGGCCGCCAGCCUCGCCGAACACCUCCUCAGGGCGUCCAGGGACGAGGACGACCGCCAGUCAGCGGGCGAUUCCGACGAAGACGUCGAGAUCAAGGUGCUCUGA